GCUGCUCUGGGCGGGAGCUCGCGGUGCGGUUUGGCCGAGAGAGUGAAGCUGAACUCUGGACACAGAUACACGGGGAGGGCAGAGGCGUGUGGUUCCGUUCCUUAUCAUAUGUCAGUUCAGGUCGCACCUACAGUUAUAGUUUCACGUAUGUCUCGCACUGAGUUUCAAGCCGUUUUGAAGAAUAACACGCAUUCACUCUCGUGUUGUUUCCCUCUCGUUAGCCAGUCACAUAAACAUCACCAAACUGACCUUUAAAGUUUAUUAUCAGGCCUGAUAUCGAGGAGCUGGUGGUAAUUUGAGGGCGUUGGGCGUUUUGUCGUGGUUUCAGAGAUUUCUGCGCAGAUUUGUUUUUCUAAGUAUUGUGCGUGGAAGUGAGACGUUUGGGCCCGCAGUCUCCCGUGUGCGGAGAGCAGAUACAGUUCCCUGGUGGUCUGGAGAGCUCUGCGUACGGAGCUAGAACCUGGACAGCUCAUGACUUCAGACCAAGAAGGAAAAACUAUCGUGGAGCCACAGGUGCAGCAGUCACAGGACGUAAAGGAGAAAGAGAUUACUCUUUUGGAUUCCUCAAAGAUCUCAGACCUUAAUCCCAAUGCAAAGGCAUGGGCCAAUUACAUACCUAAACUGGAGGCCUCUGCUCCAACCUGCACAGAUUCUCAACAGUCAUGGGUAGAAGCGGACGAUGACCCAUCAAACACCGUCUCAGGAGGUUACAACUGCAGUGAAAACAAAGGGAACUGGAAUGAGGAACAGCAGGUAUCUACCUCUGUAGGACUGCCAUUUGCAGCACAGCCAGAAUCAGUGUACAUGGGAAGCUCAGCAAGUGAGAAGGGCAUUGUGUCAAACCAGAGCACCAGUAUGAAAGGAGUGGAUGACUCCAACUCCUCCAGCCAGCUUGAAGACCUUCGAGAACAGUUAAAGGUGACACUGGAGUUCUGCCUCUCUAGGGAGAAUCUCGCCAACGACAUGUACCUCAUCUCGCAAAUGGACAGUGACCAGUAUGUGCCAAUAGUGACUUUGGCAAACCUCGAUCAAGUCAAGAAACUCACCACUGAUGUGGAUCUCAUUGCAGACAUACUAAAAACACUUCCUCUUGUCCAAGUGGACAAAUGUGGAGAGAAAGUACGGCCCAAUCAGAAUCGCUGUAUCGUGAUUCUCAGAGAGGUUCCUGAGGCCACUCCUCUGGAGGAAGUUGAAGCGCUCUUUAAGAGUGAUAACUUGCCCAAAUUCAUCAAUUGUGAGUUUGCCUACAACGACAACUGGUUCAUCACCUUUGAAUCGGAGGCUGAUGCUCAGCUGGCAUAUCAGUAUCUACGAGAAGAGGUGAAAACUUUUCAAGGAAAGCCGAUAAAGGCUAGAAUAAAGGCUAAGGCCAUUGCCGUCAACACUUUUGUGCCAAAGAAUGGAUAUCGGGCAGUGGACGUGUCCUCAAAUGUCCAACAGCGCUACACCCCUUACUACAUCCCACCUGUGUAUGGAGCACAGCAACAGUUCCCACUCUAUCGACUAGUGACUCCUCAGGGCUGGUCUGCUACCCAGGGCUACCUGGACCCCACACUGGUUACUCCUUUUCCCAGCCCUGCGUUCAUUAAUGGUUUUGCUGGUUCUCCGACAUUUAAAUCAGCCUCUUCUCCUUUAACUGUCAGACAAUAUGCACCUCGAAACAGGAGCCACAACAAAACACACAUUCGUCUCACAGCAGAACGUGGAACCAGUCUGCUGGAGAACCCUGCUGCUUUCCCCACCUUCCCUUCAGAGAGAGUCCCCAAUGGGACACGCCCUCCACAAGCUCAUCACUUGGCUAGCCGACCUCGAUUACCAAGCGGUCCGGCCUUUUCUCGCCGGGACCAGUUGGGAAGUGGACGAAUGGAGGUGAACGGAGCAGAUUACUCACUGAACACAGGGCGUGGAAGGAGAGGUGGCUAUGGAUACAGAAAAAGGAGGGAUGACAACAAGUUUCCAAGAGCUGCUACACAGUCGCCCCCUCCUGCUCAGGAGCGCACUCCAUCUCCCAGCUUUGAGCUGGGACUAUCUAGCUUCCCUCCUCUGCCUGGAGCUGCGGGAAAUCUAAAGCCUGAAGUUAAAACUGAAAACAGCCUUGACAACCGACUGUCUGACGUCGUCACUGGAGCGGUUAAAGAUAAGCCUCUAAAUAAGGAUGUGGUCACCAGCCGUGUGAUCUCAGGAACCCCCAAAGAAUCCGUGCAGGCAGUUCCUGCCCCUGCUGCUGCUCAGAUCCCGGUGGACCAGCAACACUCGCCCUCUCCAGUCCUUUCAAACCUGAUACCUGUAGAAAAACCUAAAGAGACGCAAACACCUCUAGAGAAAUUCUCAGUUACACACGCUGCUAAAACCGCACCACUGAGCAAUCCAGUGACGGAGCCCCGGAAGCCAAGUUACGCAGAGAUCUGUCAGAGGAUACGAGAGGCACCAACACAGCAGCCGUCAGCAGAUCCCCGACCUCCCAGCUCCACCGCUGAAGACAUCAAGCCUCCUGACUCCGCAGAACGCAGAUGCAGAGAGCCUGCACCUGCCAAAUCUGCGGCGGCUUGUCCCCGAGAGACAAUAACAUCUCAUCAGAACGCUGGAGAUCGAGCGAGCGGAGGCACGACAGCUUCCGUCCACCAAUCCUGAGAGCUCGGCUCUGCUUCCUGGACUGAACGGAAUGAAAACUCUUUGUUGGGGCUGCUCAAAAGUCCCUCUUAUCUCACAGUCUCUCUAUGAGUGCACACAUUGACAAGUUGUCACUGGAAUCAGGGCCUACAGACAAAAGCACUUGUGCGUGAAGGGUUCUCUGAGCAUUUUUGUUGUCCUUUUUGUCGUUUUGGUUUCCUUAACAAGGUCUUUGUUUGUUUUCCAAGGAAAAUUGGAGUGAACCAGCACCAGUUGGAGAUUAACUAACUAUGUUUAAAAAUGUUUUGUCAGAGCUCACACUUUUUUUUUUUUUUGUUCAAACUGUUGUUUAAACUUCAAAUAGUGCUGUUGGGAAGAAAUACGGAUUUUUGGAUAGUGCUGAUCCUGAAACGCUUACAUUUGUGUUCUUUUUUUAAUUCAUAUGUAUAUCAUUUUUGCUAACCUUUAGUGUCUUGGUACUGACUUUAUUGUGCGCGAUUCUGUACAUGUGUCUCUACAGCGCGCUCAGCGGUCCCGGCCAUUACAACUGCAUGAGUGAAACUUUCGUGUAAAUCUGUUUUGUGUGUUCUGUUUUUACGUUUGGAUGUUUCGGCACUGGAGUGAUUUUUUUGAGCUCUGAAUAAAAAAAAAUGUUGUUUGUUUUUUUACAUGCUAAUCCUCUAUCAAUUGUACUAAUGUGAUUAUUGUAGCAGGUGUAUGUAUACCUGUUCUUGUGUGCAUGAUUUAUUUUAUGUUUUGGCUUUUUUCUUUUUAACAUUUUAAUGGCACACGUUAGUUUGCUGUAUAUUUUUCUCAUUUUUGUUUUUUCUUACCAUUUGUUUGGGAAGAAUCUGGACUGAUGCCUCAUCAUUAAAGGGAUAGUUCACGCAAAAAUGAAAAUUCUGGCAGCAUUUGCUUACCCUCAUAUUGUUCCAAACCCAUAUGACUGAAAGAAAAAAGGAGAUGAUCGGUUGAAUGUUCAGUCUUCAUCACUAUUCACUUUCACUGUAUGGAAAAGAUGCAAUGUGAAUGGUGACUGAGCCGAUCUGUAACAUUCUGAAUAGCAUCUCAUUUUGUGUUCCACGGAAGGAAAUCAUAAUGGUUUGGAACAACAUAAGGGUGAGAAAAUGAUUCAUUUUUGGGUGAAUUAUCCCUUUAAAUUCUGGAAGAUCUUCACACUGCAAAGUCCUCAGGUUGUGAGGGGAAGUGUGUUCAUGUGCCUAGUCUGCUGUGAUCUAAAUGAUAGAUGGCUAUUAUUAUUGUUUGUUUGUUAUCCUGGUGUUGUGCUAGGUUUCGUCACAUGGUUAAUUUGGUGCUUUAAUCUAUAUUAAUGGAGGGAAAGACAUCGACAUGCACCAACAUAUAUCCUAUGAUCUUCACCGAUUUGCUUUCAUAUCACCACAGUUAAAAGAGUGGGAUCAUGUACAUUUAUAUAGUGACGCAUACAUAAAGAACGAAAAGAUCUGAGCCUUCAGCACACAUGGACCAGCGCUGUUUUUCUGGGGUUUCUCCUUUAUGCAGACUUUGUAUUUUGUGUACAUAUCACACACUUGACUUGCCCCUCGUUCAUGCAUAUUCUGUUCAUUGGUCAUUAGUUCAAUUGCCCAUCAGUUUGAAAUCGUGUUGGGUGGAGCGAGACAGUUUCUUGUUUUGAUGUCUUCCUGCAGCGUGGAGCAUGUGCAGAAUGCUUUGAGAUGUUCGUCAUGCCGUUUGUCUGUUGUUUAUAUUCUCUUGUAUCUUCCCUGUGAGUAAUUUGUUCCUUGGUUAAUCAAAAAAAAAAAUCUCUAUGUUAAUUUUUGGACUCUGAGAAUGCAACUGAUUGUUUUUCCAUCAAUAAACAAAGCAUACCAUGUUUCAAAGUAAUUAAGAUUUCAUUACAUAAAGCUCUGAAGAUGUUAAAAAAAAAAAAAAAAGAA